AUGGAUAAUCACUUGGAUGACUCCAUGCACAAUGCCACAAAACCGUGCAAGCGACCACGUCUGUCUUAUACCCCUGGCUCCUCAGACGAUGUCCCCGAGGACCUGGACCUCCAAACGGCUCGCGCCCAGAACGACCAGCGACUCAAAUCGAUCUUCGAGGGCAUUUUCACCAAGUAUGGCAAGGACUUCACCGAAGUCGGUGAUGAGAUUGAUUUGGAUACUGGGGAUGUCAUAGUAAAUAAUGGCCAUCUACUGGGCAUGCGCGGCGAAGGCGAUACCGGGGACAACGCGCAGACAUGGCGCCAUUCGGAUGGCUCCUCAGAACCAGGAGAUGAGGAUGCUGAGAAUGAGAUAUACGAUUUUGGCGAGGAGGAAGAUGAUGGAUUUCAUCCACCAGAACAGCCCCGGGAGGCAUCCCCAACAAGCAACCUCCAGAAAUUCCGCGACUCUGAAUUCGACAGACCCAGCGUCGAUUCCUUGUGGGAUUCUGCAGCCUACACAAAAGCUGAUCAGCCAGCGCUCAAAUCCGCUUCCCAAGUGCGAUAUGCAUCCCCACAUGUCUACGAUUACACACCACAAGACCCUCUCUGGCGAGUUCCUGAUUUGCCCCAGGCCUUCUCAACUCCCACUACUGGGAACAGGCGCAUCGAGUCGUCUCCGCGUCUCCCUUGGCACUCCUUGAGAUCAACUUCUCCACCUGGUUCAGGUUCUUUGUGGGCUGUUCCCCCGCCUCGCAGACCACGCACAGUGGGAUCGAAGCCCAAGGCCACGCCGAGCAAGCGCCGGCCAAAGGCGAAGCGCAAGCAUCAUUCAAGCCCAGUCACCCGUGACUGGUCUUUUGCAAAGACACCGGAUGGCAGCGAAUCAGACGAUCCACUGCAAGAGGACCGGCCCUCUCCUACACCAUCAAAAGUGACGAAUAUCCGAGGAAAACUUGGGCGGGCAGACCAUCACGGCUCUCACCAGCCGACUCCCGUGGGUCACACUCCUGAGGAACAGAACUCUGCACAUAUAUAUGACGACACGCAAGCUUCUCUACAGCGUGAAGUUUCAUUAAGCACACCUGUCCAGGAAAGCGAUCCAACCGUCAACCCCUCCAAACCAGCCUCUACCCUGGUUCUGGAAGGCACGCCCACCAAAUCUCUUGGUGGUAUGACCCCUGACGAAGCCAAAUUGGCAAUCUGUCUCCGGCAUGUCCAGGGCAAGAGAUGGGGUGAAGUUUUGGAUUCAUUACCAGGACGCAAGCUAGCCAACCUCUGCGUGUGGAAUGCCUGGCACUGGACCCAUCGCCGCGCCAACCCGCCUCACUUAUCAGAGCCGUGGUCGCAAACCGAACUGGACACGCUAGCCUGGCUGGAUGAGCAAUCGGGUCUCUCUUGGGCUGAAAUACAGGCGGAAUUCCCGGGCCGCUCUCAAGCCGAGAUUGAAUUUGAAUUAUUCCGGAUCUGGGUUGGAGAUGAAAUCUGGAAUGGCAAGCAACCGACCGCGUCUCCCACGCAGGAUGAGACGGACCAAGAAGAAGAGCAAGAGGCAGAUACCCCAAGAGCCUCAAUAGAUCUGCCCCCUGUCGAGGAGAGUCCAGAGGCAACCCCGUCGAUUGUUGGCGACGAGAUUCAGCCAGAAUUUGAACAGCUUGUGGAAGACGACGAUCUAGUUCUGGUUACCAGCGAGGUAUCAUCGCCCUCCAAGCUGUCCGCCAUCCAUUUCGACAGUCCGGCUCCCAGUCGUAAACGCACCAUAUCUCCUGAGCAACCCUCACCAGCCAAGCGUGUCAAACUGUCCUUCUGA